ACCUGAAGCCCACUUCACCUGGACACUAACUAUGGGGUGGACAACUCUGUGGUUGUGUGUUCUCGCUCUGCCACUAACGAGCGCCAUCCAGGUGAAAGCCAGGAAAGCACGCCAGUCCAACCAUGUGAACAGCAUCUGCAGCACCUGGGGCAGAGAGCACUUCAAGACCUUCGAUGGAGACGUGUACCAGUUCCCAGGGACGUGUGAAUACAACCUGGCCUCCGACUGCCACUCUGAGUCCUACCAGGAGUUCUCUGUGCACCUGAAGAGGAACGAGGCUACUGAGGCUGAGGGGAACCCUACGGUCAAACACGUAGUGGUCACUAUCAACGACCUGGUCUUCCACCUGACCAAGACUCAGGUCGCGGUCAAUGGAGAAAUUGUAACUCUGCCGUACUACAAUGGAGGAGUCCAACUGGAGAGGAAUGCAGUUUACACCAAACUCUACUCCAAGGUUGGCCUGGUUGUCAUGUGGAACGGAGAGGAUGCCGUCAUGGUGGAGCUGGACACGGAGUACACCAACCGUACCUGUGGUCUCUGUGGAGACUUCAAUGGCCUUCCAGUCCACAAUGAGUUUGUUCAUAACGGUCGUAAAGUGAGCCCCAUUGAGUUUGGAAACAGACAGAAGGUCCACAGGCCCAACGAGGACUGUGAAGACCCCUAUGAAGAGGAAGAGGAAGAUGAACCUGCAGACGUUCAGCCUAAAGAGGACACAUGCAAGGAGUUUCAUGCCCAGUGUGACCAGCUCCUGCGCUCGCCGUUGUGGAGCUCCUGUGGUGCGGUCGUGAACCCUGAGCCCUACAUCCAGGCCUGUGUUCAGGACCUGUGUGGCUGCAGCAACACUUCUGAUAGCUUCUGUGUCUGCAGCACCCUGGCAGAGUACUCCAGACAGUGCUCCCACGCCGGGGGACAGCCACCCCACUGGAGAACAACAGCCUUCUGUGACAAGCAGUGUCCAUUCAACAUGGUCUAUCUGGAGAGUGGCUCUCCCUGCAUGGAUACCUGUACCCACUCAGACACCAGCUCACUGUGUGAAGAACACCUGAUGGACGGCUGCUUCUGCCCUCACGGGACUGUGUUUGAUGACAUCUCAAAGAGGGGGUGUGUCACUCAGGACCAGUGUCAGUGCAAGCACGACAAGGUUUACAACUCUGGAGAAGUUUUCAGACAAGACCGUGAGGAAUGUGUCUGUCAUCAUGGUCAGUGGUCCUGUAAAAGUCUACCCAGCCCUGCUACAUGUGCCGUUGAGGAGGGUUCACAUGUGACGACCUUCGAUGGGAAAGCGUUCACCUUCCAUGGGGACUGUUACUACCCCUUAGCCAAGGUGGAAAGCAAGGAUGAAGCCAGUCCAAAGUUCACUGUACUGGUCCAGCUGGUUCCCUGUAUAAGACAGAAGUUUGACACUUGCCUCAAGAGUGUUGUGGUCUUGCUAAACAAUGAUAGAAACAACGCUUUGGUGAUCACUGCCGAUGGGAAGGUCAGCCACAAUGCACAGAUCACUCUGCCUUACAACACAGCUGACAUCAGUGUGUUCAAGCCAUCGUCCUUCCACAUGAUGCUCCAGACCAGCUUUGGGCUGCAGGUUCAGAUCCAGCUGGUCCCUAUCAUGCAGGUCUAUGUCACCCUGGACGAGAGCUACAAGACCAAGACACAAGGUCUGUGUGGGAACUUCAACAAGGUUCUGUCUGAUGACAUGAAGACCCCCCAGGGUAUGGUGGAGGGAACAGCCUCUUCAUUUGGGAACUCCUGGAAGGCUAAUCCUACCUGCAGAGACAGAGAGGAGAGGCUGGACGACCCCUGCUCCCUCAGCGUGGAGAAUGAGAACUAUGCUAAACAUUGGUGCUCCAUGCUAAGAAGUUCUGACAGCCCUUUUGCCAAGUGCCAUGCCAUGGUGGACCCCGAGCUUUACUACAAGCGAUGCACGUACGCUAGCUGCAACUGUGAGAAGAGUGAAGACUGCCUGUGUGCCGUCUUCUCCUCUUAUGUGCGAGACUGUGCUACCAAGGGAGUGGUCCUGUCAGGCUGGAGAGAGAACGUGUGUGACAAAUACAUUGGUAACUGCCCAGCGUCUCAGACCUACUCUGACCAGCUCCAGAGAUGUCAGCUGACCUGUAGCUCCCUGGCCAGCAAAAGCCAGGGUUGUACCAAUGACUUCCUCCCCGUGGAUGGUUGUUCUUGCCCGGAUGGACUCUACAUGGAUGACAGGGGCACCUGUGUACCCAUGGACAAAUGCCCCUGCUUCCACAACGGUGUCCACAUCAAGCCUGGAAAGUCCAUCAACAUUCAGGAGGAACACUGUGUCUGCAACAAUGGGAAGCUUCACUGCCGUUCCUGGAAGAUGCGUUCAGAGAGUACCUGCCAGUCGCCGAAGGUGUUCUUGAACUGCUCCAAUGACCUGGGAGUACAGUGUACACGGAGCUGUAGGAACCCGGAUUUCAUGGACUGUUUCUCCGCAGAGUGUGAGUCUGGGUGCAAGUGUCCCACGAGUCUGUGGGAGGAUGGGAAAGGCAUGUGUGUGAAUAAACAUGAAUGCCCAUGCAGCCAUGACGGAUUCCUCUACGCCCCAGGAAAACAGAUCCCAAACGGAUGUAACACUUGCACCUGUAAGAGUGGGAAAUGGGAGUGCACAGAUAAGAAGUGCCCAGGAACCUGUACCAUCUACGGCAGUGGCCAUUACAAAACCUUUGAUGAGCGCACGUAUGGCUUCCAAGGAAAAUGUGGCUAUGUGGCUGUCCAGAACAAAUGUGGGAACCGGCCUGUCCAGGACAAAUUCAUGGUGAUCACAGAGAACAUACCGUGUGGAACCACAGGCACCACUUGCUCCAAGUCUGUCAGGGUUCAACUGGGGAGAACAGAGCUGAAACUAUCAAAGGGGACCCAUGAAGUGGUGGACCUAGGAGUGGGCUCUCAGAUCCAGUACCGAGUGAGGACCGUCGGUCUGUACCUGAUUGUUGAGUCAGACAUCGGGAUCGCAGUGCUGUGGGACCGCAAAACAACCGUCCGCAUCGUCCUGGAGCCACAGCAUAGUGGAGCAGUGUGCGGCCUGUGUGGGAACUAUAAUGGAGAAGGCAGAGAUGACUUCACCACACAAGGUCAGAUGAUAGUCAGCAGCCCUGUGGAGUUUGCUAACAGCUGGAAAGUGUCAAGCACUUGUCCCAACGCAGAGAGCAACGUGGACCCAUGUGGAGCCAGACCCAACCGUCACAACUGGGCUAAGAUGCAGUGCAGCAUCAUCACAGGAAAGACUUUCCAACUGUGUCACAAGAAGGUAGACCCUAGUCUGUACUUUGAGAACUGUGUGAAAGACUCCUGUGCCUGUGAUACUGGCGGAGACUGUGAGUGUUUCUGUACAGCUGUAGCAGCCUACGCCCAAGCCUGCACCGAAGCUGGAGUCUGUGUUGCAUGGAGAACACCAGAAAUUUGUCCUGUGUUCUGUGACUACUACAACGAUCCAGGUGAAUGUGAAUGGCAUUACAGCCCUUGCCACACACCUUGCUUCAAGACCUGUCUGAAUCCAAAUGGGACCUGUGACAACCCUCUUCCCAAUCUGGAAGGUUGCUACCCAAAAUGCCCUCCAGAUAGGCCAAUAUUUGAUGAAGAGACCGGGGAGUGUGUCGAGGAAUGCCCACCAACAGGCCCAUCAACAACAACCCCCCAGGCAACCACACCAACACCAACAACAACACCGUGGACACCAACAACUACCACAUUGACAACAGAACCACCAAAAACCACACCACCAACAACAACAACACCACCAACAACCACACCACCACCAACAACAACCACACCAAUGCCACCAACAACCACACCACCACCACCAACAACAACCACACCAAUGCCACCAACAACCACACCACCACCAACAACAACCACACCAAUGCCACCAACAACAACAACCACACCAAAGCCAACAACAACCACACCACCACCAACAACAACAACAACACCACCACCACCAACCACAACAACACCACCACCAACAACAACAACCACACCACCAACAACAACAACCACACCACCACCAACAACAACAACAACACCACCACCACCAACAACAACACCACCACCACCAACAACAACCACACCACUACCAACCACAACAACAACACCACCACCACCAACAACAACAACAACACCACCACCAACAACAACACCACCACCACCAACAACAACAACCACACCACCACCACCAACAACAACAACAACAACAACACCAAUGCCACCAACAACAACAACACCAUUACCACCAACCACAACAAUACCAACAACAACAACAAUACCACCAACAACAACAACACCAAUACCAACAACAACAACAACAACAACAUCAAUACAACCAACAACAACCACACAAACACCAACAACCACAACAAUACCACCAACAACAACACCAACAACAACAACAACAAUACCACCAACAACAACAACCACACCAAUACCAACAACAACAACAACACCAAUACCAACAACAACAACACCACCAACACCAUCAACAACACCAAUACCACCACCAACAACCACACCAAUUCCACCAACAACAACCACACCAAUACCACCAACAACAACCACACCAAUACCACCAACAACAACCACACCAAUUCCACCAACAACAACCACACCAAUACCACCAACAACAACCACACCAAUACCACCAACAACUACCCCCCAGACACCAGAGCCAACAACUACUCCUUGUAUUCCUACCUGUGAGUGGUCAGAAUGGUAUGAUGAAGAUGAUGAUAAAGAUAAGAGUGACUGGGAAACGUAUUGGAAUAUCACGCAGAGUGGAAAAGAAGUGUGUGCAGAUCCACAGGAUAUUGAAUGUGUAGCUACAGACUAUCCAAAUACAAGCUUAGAGGACUAUGUAGCUUCGACAGGCCAAGUUGUGGAGUGCGAUGUUGACUUCGGGUUAAUAUGUGAAGAAAAUAAACAAACUCAGAGACCAUUUAAGUGCUUUAACUAUAAGAUUAGAGUCCUCUGUUGCGUUGAAUGUUUAUCAACAACAUCACCAAAACCAACAACAACACUAACAUCAACAAAAACAACAACAGCACCUUCACCACCAACAACUACCACACCAAUACAACCAACAACAACAACAACAGAAAUACCUACAACAACAACAACAACAACACCACCAACAACAACAACACCACCACCAACAACAACAACAACACCACCAACAACAACCACACCAAUACAACCAACAACAACAACAGCAAUACCUACAACAACAACAACACCACCAACAACAACAAAACUAAUACCAACAACAACAACAACACCACCAACACCACCAACAACCACACCAAUACCACCAACAACUACCACACCAAUACCACCAACACCAUCAACAACACCAAUACCACCAACAACAACAACUCCAAUUCCACCAACAACAACAACACCAAUACCACCAACACCAUCAACAACACCAAUACCAACAACAACAACAACUCCAAUUCCACCAACAACAACAACACCAAUACCACCAACAACAACACCACUAACAACAACAACAGCAACAACCACACCAAUUCCACCAACACCAUCAACAACACCAAUACCACCAACAACAACACCACUAACAACAACAACAGCAACAACCACACCAAUACCACCAACACCAUCAACAACACCAAUACGAACAACAACAACCACACCAAUACCACCCAAACAACCACACCAAUACCACCACCAACAACAACAGCACCACCAACAACAACAACACCACCAACACCAUCAACAACAACACCAAGAACAACAGCAACACCAAUACCACCAACAACAACCAGACAACAGAAGAACCAACCACAACCACCAGGACAACAGAAGAACCAACCACAACCCCCAGGACAACAGAAGAAUCAACCACAACCCCAACGACAACAGAAGAAUCAACCACAACCCCCAGGACAACAGAAGAAUCAACCACAACCCCCAGGACAACAGAAGAACCAACCACAACCCCCAGGACAACAGAAGAAUCAACCACAACCCCCAGGACAACAGAAGAAUCAACCACAACCCCCAGGACAACAGAAGAAUCAACCACAACCCCCAGGACAACAGAAGAAUCAACCACAACCCCAACGACAACAGAAGAAUCAACCACAACCCCAGGACAACAGAAGAAUCAACCACAACCCCCAGGACAACAGAAGAAUCAACCACAACCCCCAGGACAACAGAAGAACCAACCACAACCCCAACAACAACAGAAGAAUCAACCACAACCCCCAGGACAACUGAAAAACCAACCACAACCACCCCUGUCAUAGAUACCACAACCACUAAAGCUCCUACAACAACACCUAAACCACCAACUACAACAGAAGCCACAACUCCAAUGACAACCACAUCACCAACAACCCAUGAAUCGGUUGUCACUGGUCCUCCAAUAACACCAGAACAUCAAGUCAGUUCAAUACCAACCACAACUGGGUCACCAACCCCUCCACCAAUCACUUGUCCUGAGUGGGACAAAGUGCAAAAUGAAACUUUCUGGCUCUGCAACUGCACUUUGGCCAGAUGCAUUGAAAACAACACCAUUGAGAUAAUUCCGUAUGAAUGCCCAGAGCCUGAGCCAAUCACAUGUACCAAUGGCAAGAAACCAGUGCUACAAUGGGAUGAGUUCUACUGCUGCCAACGAUUCGUGUGUGACUGCGUCUGUGAGGGUUGGGGAGACCCCCAUUACAUCACCUUCGACGGGCUCUUCUACAGCUUCCAAGGGAACUGUACCUAUGUGCUGAUGGAGGAGAUGUUGCCGCGUCACCACUUCAAGAUCUACAUCGACAACGUCAACUGUGAUCCCACCGAGGACGUGUCUUGUCCUCGAUCCAUCAUUGUGUCCUACCGCUCAACAGUUAUAACACUGAAGAAUCACAACCUCAUUGGAGCUGCUCAGUUGGAGGCUCUUAUUGAUGGAGUUUCCCUGAGACUACCCUUCACGCGGCACGGUGUGAAGGUGAUGAACUCUGGUAUCAACAUGGUCUUGGAGAUAGCACACCUCCAGGUGGUAGUUACCUUUGGAGUCACUGGCUUCAGUGUCAACCUUCCUUGGCAACACUUUGGCAACAAUACACAGGGUCAUUGUGGAACAUGUAGCAACAACCAGGCUGAUGACUGCAUGUUGCCUGGAGGUCAGCUGGUGGAGAACUGUGCUCUGAUGGCAGACUACUGGCCAGCCAAGGACCUCUACCAACCAGACUGCCAUGUGCCACCUGGAAUCCCCACCAACUCUCCUCUCCCUGAACCCACACAGAAGCCAUGCAAGCCAGACUCCUCUGUCUGUGAUCUCCUGAAGGACAGCAUUUUUGCAGCCUGUCAUCCAUUUGUCUCACCUGACAACUUCUACAAGGGCUGUGUCUAUGACAGCUGCCACGUGUCCAACCCAGCGGUGGAGUGCACCAGUCUGCAGACAUACGCUGCUGCCUGUGCCCAGUUCGGAGUAUGCAUCUACUGGAGAAACCACACCGAGCUCUGUGCCAGCGACUGUCCAGCUGACAAAGUCUACAAGCCCUGCGGUCCUGCAGAACAGCCAACCUGUGAUGACAAUCCAGACGAGUCUAGGAUGAACUUCAGCACAGAAGGCUGUUUCUGUCCUGAUGGGAUGAAACUCUUCAACAAGGACUCAGGGAUCUGUGUUGAUAAGUGUGGAUGUAUUGACCCUGAAGGAGUUCCGCGAGAGUUCAACGAGAGGUUUGAGUACAAGUGCCAGGAUUGCGUUUGUUUGGAAUCCACCAAGACUGUGAACUGUAAACCCAAGGUCUGCUCCAAACCACCAGUAGAGAUCUGCACUGGACCAGGCUUUGUAUAUGUCAACCAAACCGAUCCAACCGAUCCAUGCUGCUCCAACCUCGCCUGCCGUUGUGACAGCAGCACUUGCCCACCUACCAACAUGAACUGUCCUAUUGGGUUCGUGCCAGUGGUUUCAGUUCCUGAGGGGAAAUGCUGUCCAGAGCACACAUGUGAGCCUAAAAGAGUUUGUCUUCACAAAGGCAUUGAAUACCUGCCCAAUUCUAAAGUACCGGGAUCAGAGUGCCAGGAGUGCACCUGCACCAACAAAGUGGACCCCAAGUCUGGUCAUUACCAAAUUGACUGUGGAUUCAUGCAAUGUGACGAAGAUUGUGAAAAGGGAUCUGAGUACCAGGAGCCAGACUACUCCUCAGAUGACUGCUGUGGUAAAUGUGUUCAGACACACUGUGUCCUCCAGAUCAAUGGGACCAUGCAGUUGUUGAAGCAUGGAGAUACAUGGUCUGCUCCUGGUGACAAGUGCCAGCAGUACAGCUGUGUGAAAAACGGUGAUAGUUAUCUGACCCAGAGCUCCAACAUCCAUUGCCCACCCUUCCAGCAGGCCAACUGCCAGCCUGGUUCAAUUCAGACCGCUGCAAACGGCUGCUGUAGAAUUUGUGUGGAGAAGGACAAGGCCUGUAAGGUAGGAUCCAUGAAGAGUUUCAUCAACCACAAGAGCUGCCAGUCUGUUGAGGAGGUGGAGAUGCCGUACUGUGAGGGAUCCUGCAACACCUUCACCAAGUACUCUGCCAUGGCUGCGUCUCUGGAUCACUCCUGUGCCUGUUGCCAGGAGUCCCGGUCCAGUAACCGCACGGUGGACCUACGUUGUCUGAAUGGAGAUGUGGUGCCCUACACCUACCUACACGUGGAGGAGUGUAGCUGCAGACACAGCGACUGCAACAGAGCCAUUAGGGUGCCUGCCCGCAGGACACGCAGCAACACACUGGUGUAAAUGGCAUCUGUACUAAUACAGAUGGGAAUGGUCCAGCACCAAUCCACUCGCUGCUUACUAAGGAACACCCUGCUACCCUGCUUCACAUGGCUGUUAUUUAUCUGAUCGCUUUGAUUUAUAUGUCAAAUGUAGAUUAAAUCAUAUUUAAAAUGUAGAAACUUAUGCUUACUUAUCUUAUUAAAAUGCAACCUUCAAAUA